AUGAACCCCCAACUCCUCCAGGAGCGUGCCGAAAAGACCGCACAGCUCUACGCAGACACCCAUAACCCUCAUGUGCACCUAGAACGGGGCAUUCUGCAUGAGAAGCUGGGGUUCUCGGAUCUUGCGGCGGCAGAUGCGUAUCGGGCGCUUUCGUUGCUUGAGUCUGUUGUUGAUCCGGAUGGAUGUGAAUUUCAUGCGAGGCGGAGGAGAGAUGGAGUAGUGAAGGUGGAUGAGGGGGGUGAAGAUGAAGAUGAUGAUGAGGACGAGGAUGAUAAGUUUGUCCCGUUAACUCAGGAAGAACAUGAUGCUCUUAUUGGAAAGGUUUAUGUUUUGUUUGUGCGGAGUCUGGUCAGCUGUCGCUGUUAUCGUGAUGCGUAUGAGUUCUGUGUUCGUGGGAUUGAGCUUCUGGAGAAGAUGCACAAGGAUGAUGAUGUUGCUGUGCUCAAGGAGCAGAUGGAGAUUAUCAGGGAGGUAUAUGUGACUAGGCAAUCGCGUCGGGAGUCACGGACAGUCGGUGCGGAUGAGCAGAUUGAUCCUAGGAUUCUCAAUGCCCAGGGUGUUGCGCGGAGAGUGCUCUACCCGUGGAAUGAGCAUGAGCCUGAUCGCAAGGCCGAAGAGACGCUGUCGUUGCUGAAUGCGCGGUUGAGGGACAUCGCGCCCAAGUGUGAAGUGCGAGCUGUUGCGUUGCCGGCGUUGCAUGGCUCGACCAACGAUGCCCCAGAAGAUGGUGCAGGCGACGUCUCGGUGCAAUUGGGUCUCUUCGCCAAAGACGACAUCACGCCUGGAGAAAUCAUCCUGCGCGAAUCUUCCCUCUUAACAGCGACCAACCGGCUUCACGAUGACCUCUGUGACGCCUGCAAUGCGCCUCUCCCCGAGCUCUCCUCUGAAAACCCUGCUGUCGCCUGCGAUGGUUGCGACGAUACCAUCUUCUGCAGCCAGCAAUGCCACGACCAAGCACAGGAAGUCUACCACGGCGCUGUAUGCGGUCUUCUCGACGGCCUCGAGUCCAUCGGCAAGGACAUCCCCGACCCCACAGACAAAGCCGACUAUCUUUACCUCCUCCUGCUCGGCCGCGCAAUCGCCAUGGCCGCAACCCAAGAAAAACACCCCCUCGAACUCCCCGAGGUGAAAUACAUCUGGGGCGACUUCCACGACCUCGAACAGUCCUCCACAAUCCCAACCGACGACCCAACCGCCACCCUCCCCUUCUCCUUCCAACUCAGCAUCCUCCAACCCAUGCGCAUCCUCGAAGAAAUGGAACUAGACCCUUACUCGACCCUUCCGCUCUACGAUACCUGGGUUCUCAACACCCUCUACGCCAAAUUCCGCGGCACCGCGUCCGGUCGACUUUCCACCUGGGAUGGCGGUCCGGAACUCUGCGCCGUGCACCCGCUGUGGUGUCUUGCGAACCACUCGUGUGAUCCGAAUGUGCGCUGGGAGUGGGGAGCUGAGAUUACGUUCCGGGCGCGCAGUGAGUCCGACCGGCCUGUCUGGAAGGGGAAGAGCGAGGAGGAAAGGAAUGUGGGUGGGAUUAAGCGGGAUCAGGAGAUAUUGAAUCACUACUGUGAUAUUGGAUUGGAUGUUCAGAAGAGGAGGGAGUGGGCGAGAGGGGCGUUGGGUGGGUUGUGUUUGUGUGAGAGGUGUAUUUGGGAGGCUGCUCAAUGA